AGUAUCUUUCUUUUCUUGGAAAAAGGAGGAGAGAGAAAAUUGGAGAAGAUCCGAACUCCCAAGGGAGAACUCGGGCUUUCUUCAUCCACCUAUUCUCAACUCUGUUUCUGCAAUUCCAAAAUCCCUCUGUUUUCCCUCGUCUUAUUCUUCCCUAAACCCCGAUUAAUCAAGACGAGGAGAGAGAAAAUCAAACCAUAUUAUCACUAUGAAGAUCGUCCGUCGGGAUUACGUUCACGGCGGCCCUGGCAGUAUCAAGAUGAUUCCGGAUGAAGCGGAUGAUAUGUGGAUUGCUUACAAUUUGAUUGCCGAAGGUGAUUCUGUUCUUGCCGUCACUGUUAGGAAAGUUAUGAGAGAGGCUGCUUCUGGAGGAAGAGAUGCAGAGCGAGUGAAACUUAGGCUAGAAAUCGUAGUGGAGGCUGUGGAAUAUGAAAAAGAAGGUUCAGUCUUACGUAUACGCGGAAAAAACACUCUGGAAAAUGACCACGUGAAGAUAGGUGCGUUUCAUACACUGGAACUUGAGCUGCAUCGACCUUUUGUGCUGAGGAAGGAUAUCUGGGACAACUUGGCGUUGGAUAUGCUCUAUCAAGCAGCAGAUCCUGCUGCAAGUGCUGAUCUGGUUGUGAUAUUAAUGCAAGAGGGAUUGGCACAUUUGCUUUUGGUUGGUAAAAGUGUAACCCUUACUCGUUCUCGGAUAGAAGUAUCCAUUCCUCGAAAACAUGGACCUGCUAUUGCUGGAUAUGAAUCUGCCUUAAAAAAGUUUUUUGAGAAUGUUCUACAGGCUUUCCUGAAAUAUGUUGAUUUCAAUGUUGUCCGAUGUGCUGUCAUUGCAAGCCCCGGGUUCACUAAGGACCAAUUUUAUCGUCAUUUGUUGCUGGAAGCUGAAAGGAAACAGCUGAGAUCUAUUAUAGAGAACAAGUCACGCAUAGUUCUUGUGCAUACAACUUCAGGAUACAAACAUAGCUUGAGGGAGGUUCUGGAUGCGCCAAAUGUAAUGAGUAUGAUAAAGGAUACAAAAGCAGCUCGGGAGGUCCGUGCGCUUGAGGACUUCUUCAACAUGUUAUCAAAUGAUCCAGCUCGUGCAUGUUAUGGUCCUAAGCAUGUAGAAGUUGCACAUGAGAGAAUGGCUAUUCAAACACUGCUCAUCACAGAUGAACAGUUCAGGAAUGCUGACAUUGCAACACGGAAAAAGUAUGUCAACCUGAUCGGUUCAAUCAAAGCUUCUGGAGGAAGUGUUCAUAUAUUCUCGUCCAUGCAUGUCUCAGGGGAGCAAUUGGCACAGCUGACUGGUGUUGCAGCAAUUCUCCGCUUCCCUCUCCCUGAUCUUGACGAUAUUGAAAUGUGAUUGGAAAUAGAACUGCGCUCGGGAAGAUCAUUUUUGUACUGCUGAAAAUUGUAUAUCACAAUCUCUGUUAGAGGUCCCUUUUCCUUUGACGACUCAAAGUCUGAGGAGUGGAUAUAGUUAAGUUAUAGUUGAGGAUUAUGUCAUAAUUCAUUAUAGUGUCAUCCUUUCAUUUUUGUUGUGUUGUAAUGUUAAGUUAUACAAGAACAACUCAUCGGAUGCUCUAUUGUAGCAUCCCAUGUAACACUACAUUCUUUGGUUGUUACUUUAUUCAUCUUUUAGUUUCUGGUUGAAAUGUACGUUCGUGUAACAUCCCAUGUAAAGUAAUUUGUUCGGUUUAAAUAAAAUCUUUACCUGUUUGGUUGAUGGUAAUAAA